AACUUUUCAAAAUGGCAGCCCCCAUCCUGAAAAUAUUUGAUACUGAUAAAACUGUUGCACAAAAUCUAUGUUCCUUUGUUAUAGACCGUGCAAAUAGUUGUAUAAAUAGCCAUGGUAUUUUUGCAGUAGGUGUAUCGGGUGGAAGUCUAGCGAAAUUUUUAUGUCAAGGAUUACCAUCAUUAGAAACUGAUUGGUCAAAGUGGAGACUUUUCUUCUGUGAUGAGAGACAUGUUGCGUUUGAUGAUCCGGAUAGCACCUACAAAGUAUAUAAGGAAGGGUUGAUGAGUAAAGUGCCUCUAGCAGAGAAUCAUGUUUUUAAGACAAAUCCUAAUGUCUCCGUUGAAGACGCUGCCAAAGAAUACAUAACCAAAGUAAGAUCUGUUCUUCCUGGUGAUGAGCUACCAAGAUUUGAUAUGCUACUGCUGGGUAUGGGACCUGAUGGUCACACCUGUUCUCUCUUUCCAGGACACCCUCUACUUAAGGAAACUGAGCAAAUUGUUGCACCAAUCUGUGAUUCCCCUAAACCUCCCCCUCAGAGAAUCACUCUAACACUCCCUGUGGUGAACAACACUCGCUGCGCAGUAUUUGCAUCAUGUGGAGCAGGAAAAGCUGAAAUGGUCAAGAGAGUUCUAGAAGGUAGUGAAGAACCGCCACUCCCUGCUAGUCAAGUGAGACCAUCUAAUGGAGAACUGUACUGGUUCUUAGAUCAGCCUGCAGCCAGUUUGCUAUCUAAGAAAUGACUACAUGGUAAACUGUAAUGAAUAAUUCCAUAUGCGGCUGUCAACUUCCAUAAUAAGAAAGUUCCAUCACUGGAUUUGACAAGGAAGACAACAGCUACAGUACACACAUUGUUAGGUGAACUUAACAAACUAAUGAAUGAGCUACACGCUCAUUGUAAUAGCUAUUAUAGGCAGCUUGUCAUCCUUCCAUCACGGGAUGUAACUUAAAACACAACAGCUACAAUAAACGUUUUGUGAGGGGAAUUAAACUUACUAAGGAGAGACACAAUCAUGGUGACAUUAACCAGUAUGUAUGUCAUAUGCAGUGAACUUAAUAGUUAACAUAUGCACAGUGAAUGUUAGAUUGAAAUUGCAAUAUCAUCAUAUGAGUGAAUGCAGGUCGUGUUUAGUUAUAUAGCAUAUUUUUACUGAGCGUUUUACAUAAAUGAAAGGUGACAUAUUGUUAUAGCGUUUUUUGUAACCAGCAUUCAGCGUUUUUUGUAACCAGCAUUCAGAGUUGGUGUUUGUGUAACAAAUUGAUACACAUUGGUAGGCCUAAGUGCAACCUUGUAUACUGUGGGACAUUCUCCCAAUAUUUGGGUCGUUUAUCCAAUUAUUUGUAUCAUAUUUAUUUUUUUAAUAAAAUGGAUGAUCUGAUAUGCUGAUAUAUAUAUCUGAUAUAUGCAGAAAUAAAGAUAAAAAUUAAGUUCAUGUUACACAGUAUGAUAGUCUAGCUACAAGCGUUUGUGACAACCC